AUGUCGCUGUCUUGGAUCCUUCUUUUCUCCUUGGUCGGUCUUGGACGCUCUUUGCCUUUAUGGGAGGAGAGGGAAGUCCUCCUGGAGCAAGAGGAUUCACGCAGAGCCGGGGGCAACAUCAUCUUAGGGGAGAGAGAAGUGGAGGCCAAUAAGAACCUGAUGAUUAUAAAGGAAGCAGAAAUUAAUCAGGCAAUAAAAAGCGGCAUCUUCCCUCCCAGCAUGCACUUCUUCAAGGCUCGGAAGCACAUUCAGAAGAGCAAAGUGUUCAGCAUUCUCCGAGAGAUGCCCAAAGGGGGCGCUCUACACUUACACGACUUUGCAAUCCUGAGCGUGGAUUGGCUGGUGAAGAACGCCUCGUAUCUCCCGGACUGUUACAUCUGCUUCACAAGCACAGGGAACGUCAGGUUCAUGUUCUCCAGGCCGGCCCCGGUGGGGAAGCUGCCCCCAGGCUGCUCAGAGUGGGUCCUCCUCGAGACGUACCGAAAAAAACUGGGGGACGUGACGGAGUUCGAUGGAAGUUUGAUACGGAACCUGACGUUGCUGACGGACACCCCAGAGCUGGAUUACCCGACCCAAGACGCAAUAUGGCGCAGGUUUGAGGGGGCUUUCAUCGCUGGCUCCGGGCUCGCUCUCUACGCUCCCGUCUUCAAGGAGUAUAUCUAUGAGGGUCUCAAAGAGCUUUAUCAAGACAACAUCCAGUACGUCGAGCUGAGGGCGAUGCUCCCCCCGGUGUACGAGCUGGAUGGUACGACCCACGAUCGCGCCUGGUUAGUGACAACUUAUAGAGACGUCGCCAAUCGGUUCAAAGAAGAUCAUCCAGAUUUUGUAGGGUUAAAGAUCAUUUAUACCGUACAUAGACACGAAGAUCUUCCUGAAGUAAAGGAGGCCGUUCACUAUGCAAUGCAGCUAAUGUCUCAGUUCCCGGACACCAUGGCCGGCUUUGAUUUGGUUGGCCAAGAAGAUGCCGGUCACUCACUGUACCAACUACGUGAAGCCCUCACCAUCCCCAACAAGAUGGGCGUUACCCUGCCAUAUUUUUUCCAUGCUGGAGAGACUAGCUGGCAAGGAAUGGAGGUAGAUGAAAACGUGCUGGACGCCUUGUUGCUGAACACUUCCCGGAUCGGUCAUGGAUACGCCCUCCUCAAACACCCUGCGGCCCGGGAGAUGUCUCUGAAGAUGAACGUACCUUUAGAGAUCUGUCCAGUCUCCAAUCAGGUCCUCCUCUUAGUGUCUGACCUGCGCAACCACCCUGCAGCUACUCUGCUGGCUGAAGGCCAUCCUCUGGUUAUCAGCUCGGAUGACCCAUCCAUUUUUGGAGCCCAAGGAUUGUCAUAUGACUUCUAUGAGGUGUUAAUGGGAAUUGGGGGCCUAAAGGCCGAUCUGAAGACUCUCAAACAGCUGUUGAUUAACUCAAUCAGGUUCAGCUCUCUGUCUCCGGAGAUGAAGGACAAAUUAAUGGACACCUGGCAAAAAAAGUGGGAUAAGUUUGUAGACGAUUUAGCCAAGGAAACCUGGGAGGAACAGCAGAAGAAUGCAAUGCAAAAGGCAGACAACAGGCGUGUAAGAAGAAGUGGGACUUCAGGAGGAUGCAGCGCGAAUUGCAGUCACUGCAAGAUCUGCUCCAGGGAUGUCAGGGAGGAGCUGGAGGAGACCAAAAAGAGUUUGAGGAGGAAUCCAAGCGAAUCCUCUUUCGUUCCAAGGUGGAGAACCUGCAAAAGGGUGAGAAGUGUAACUCUUUCUUUUUCAGGAAGCUCCAUGCUGGCCACACGACCCUGACUGAACUAUGAGAUGAGACCGGACACAUGAGGAGGGGCAAGGAAGGAGGAGGUGAUGGGGGUAGUCUCGGACUUCUACAGCAAUCUCUACGCCCAAAAGUCAUCCGACCCCGAAGCCGCCGAGAGGUUCCUGUCAGGUAUCACUAACGUUGUUGAUCCCGCAGGUGCAGCAGCUAUGGAUGAUCCCUUGACAGUGGGGGAGCUGCUCUCUGCCGCUAAAUCCUUUAAGCCCGGCAGGACCCCGGGCAGUGACGGUCUCCUGGCCGAGCUCUAUGUAGCGCUGGGGGACCUGAUCUGUCCAGACCUUUUGGAGGUGUACGAGGAGAUGGUGGUGGGGGGCAGAAUGCCUCCGUCGUUGAAGGAAGGGAUGAUCAUGAUCUUGUAUAAGCGGAAGGGGGAGAGAUGCGACUUGAAAAAUUGGCAUCCCAUCUCUCUCCUGAACGUGGACUACAAGAUUCCGGGGCGCCCUGUGGCCACGGCAGAGCCAGUUUGGACAAACGUGUCUUCAAAGUGACUUACCAAUGGACAUAAGGACUUGUCAUUGAUGGCCAUUAAGGGAGGACUGUCUCUCAGGUCGUUCAUGCAUGCCGGCGACCUGUACAGAACCCGGUACUGCCCCCGGUGCCCCUUUGUGGAGAAAACAUCUUUGCACUCCUUCAUGCCCCGCCCCAUAAUCCACGUCCCUACCCCGAUCACAGAUUGUAUUGUUUGGUUUUCUCAAUUUCUUGUGCUUUUUUCUUCCAGGAUUGAGUGGAGUGUUAGACUAGCAUGCUGUGCGAUGUAUAGCUUAGGGAACCUUUGCUGUGUAUUGUACAGUCAUGCUUUGUGUGAUUGUAAUUUAUUGUAUGACUUGUAAUGACUGAACGAACAAUAAAGCUCUUUCAAUAAUGGCUUACCUGCCCUGGUAAGCAGGUAAGCUUACCUUACCUCCUUACCAGGGCAAAUAAGCCCAGCAGGGUGAAGGAAACUCUAGUUGCUCCCUCUGUCCUCCGGGCAUCCUCUGGUCCCUUUUGGCGGCUGUCAGCUCUUAUCCUUUGCUGAGAUGUGGACCCAUUAUCAUGUCCCACAAAGUAACUUUUAUAGGUAUCUGCAGCUGAGACAUAUAGUCCAGGCUCAAUUUGACACCCUGAAAGUUACUCCUGCCUUUUCUGAAAUGGAGCUGAUUCUGGGCACUACUAACCUUUCUAAGCCACUCAUACAGGCUUAUGCUUGGCUUCUAUCUGUGGGGCCUAACCCCUUUGUUCUUGCCUAUUUGAAGUGGUUGGUGGAUAUCCCGUCCCUGUCUGCUGAUCAGUGGAAGGAGGUGGAGAGCACUUAUUAUUCUACAGUGGUUAAUAUGAGGGACCUGUUGAUUCAAUCUUGCUUUGUGCUUAGAUUGUACUAUACUACUGUUUAGUUGGAUUUUCUCUUGUAUAAUGUGCCAUUAUAUCAGACCUUGUAUAUCAGUUGAAAAUGCCCACAAAAGUUUGGUAGUAUGGUAGUAUGGAUGCCUUGGCUGCUUUUGGAGGCUCUCACAGACGUUCUCAGUCUGUAUAGCCCUGUAUAGUCUGUGUUUGGUGGUGGGGGUCAUGGAGGAAUUUUUGGUCUGGGUUUAUUGUCUUCUUUGGAUCAACAAAAAAGGGUUAUAGGUUGGACAUGAUGGAUCCUUAUCUUUUUUUCAAACAACUAUGUAACUAUUUAUGUAACUAUGUAUAUAAGAAUCUAACUAUAUAUGUAACUAUGUAUAUAAGUAUGUAACUAUACAUAACUAUGUAUAUUAUGUAACUAUGUACGUUGCAUAUAUCCAAUAUUGAUAAUCUUAUUAAUCUUCCAUGGACAAGAACAUUUGGAGGACAUUCUAGCGGUAUAAAA